UCGUUGUGGGCUGCCGUAGUUACCGUAGAGGAAGAAUGGCCAACUGGAUGUGGCUCCGUUGUAUUGUAGGGCCUCAUCUGCAACGAAUUCACCGUUCACCGGACCAGUCUCGACCCGAGGGCAGGUCGAGCAGGAGGGGAUGGAACUACCAACCCAGGAGUCUGGAAAAACACACUGACAGCAUUCUUGGUUGGGCGUCAACACUUUGGUCCCUGUCGUAUUACAGCUCUCCUCUUCUUCUCUGCUAUCUUUACAGGAAAGGCUACAUUUGCAGCAGUAAGUUGGUUCCAGUGAGUCAGUAUGUGGGAACCGUGCUUUUAUGUCUUCUGGGAGUGGCCUGUCUAAGAGGGUGGGGGAGAUGGAAGAACAAUGAGUAUGUUCAGUUUGUCUCAAUUCUUGAGGAAACUAAGAAGAAUCACACACCGGCAAACAAGAAAAAACUCAGAAGUUAUGACUUUGACUUUUCUUACUGGCCUGUGGAUUUCAGCUGGUCAGAAGUCAACAGUCCGAAGCUGUCCAAGGCGGGUGUUUCUCUGCUGAAGCCAGAGCCCAGACUGAGAGGAGCAGCAGACGGUGUCCUCAACUCUGUGCGCACUUUACCAUGCCACAUUAUUGGUUAUCUUAUUGCUCACUCAUUUGGGAGGAGGAUGCUGUACCCUGGCUCUGUGGGUUUACUGCAGAAAGCCAUGAGACCCAUGUUGCAGCAAGGCCAGGCUAAGUUAAUAGAAGAGUUUGAUGGCCAAAGAAACAAGCUGGUUGCCUGCGACGGUAAUGAGAUCGACACAAUGUUUGUAGAUCAAAGGAGAGGUGGCGGGCAGAAUGGCAAGACUCUGGUCAUCUGCUGUGAGGGUAAUGCUGGCUUUUACGAGGUGGGCUGCAUGUGCACUCCACUGGAGGGUGGGUACUCUGUACUGGGCUGGAACCACCCUGGCUUUGGAGGCAGCACGGGAGUACCAUUUCCCCAGAAUGAGGCCAAUGCCAUGGACGUGGUUAUUCAGUUUGCAAUACACAAGCUUGGUUUCCAGCUGAGUGACAUUGUCAUAUAUGCCUGGUCCAUUGGAGGAUUCACAGCCAGUUGGGCAGUGAUGUCUUACCCAGAGAUCCAAGCAAUAGUGUUGGACGCCUCUUUUGAUGACCUCCUGCCUCUGGCUCUCAAAGUCAUGCCCGACAGUUGGAGACCUUUGGUACAACACACAGUGAGGCAAUACAUGAACCUCAACAAUGCAGAGCAGCUUCUGAAAUACCAGGGACCAGUCCUUCUGAUCAGGAGGACCAGAGAUGAAAUCAUCACCACAACCGUUCCAGAGGACAUCAUGUCAAACAGAGGAAAUGACCUGUUGCUCAGGCUGCUUCAGUUCAGGUAUCCAAAAAUAAUGACAGAUGAAGGGAUCAGAGUUGUCAGACAGUGGAUGGGAGCCUCCAGUCAGUUAGAAGAAGCUGCUCUGUACAGCAGCUAUGAAGUGGAUGAUGACUGGUGUGUGUCAGUGCUGCAAUCUUACCAGGCAGACAGAGAUGUUUCGUAUCCAUGGAGUGUCGGUGAGGACAUGACUCUAGAGGGAAGGCGGCAGCUGGCUCUUUUCCUGGCACGGAAGUACAUGCGAAACUUUGAAUCGACACACUGCACUCCUCUACCCGCCACUGAGUUCCAUUCCCCCUGGAGACUAUGAAGAAAAAGGAUGGAUGGAUGGUUGAGGGGAGACAAACAACUGGGGAGUUGAUGGCCUGUGGUCAGAGUGUGUUUUCUGGCAUGUUGUGAAUGUGCUAUUGUGGUUUUCUUCUUUUCAGUUUUCCUCCACAGAGUCAAAAACUUGUCAACUAUAGUACUUUUUUUUUUCCUUUAAUUGUUACUGUUUAGUAAUUUUGUUUAGUAUAACUCAUUUAAAAAGGAUGCAUUUUAAAAUGAGUGCACAAGCCAUCUCUCACUCCUUCCAUUGUUCCAUCUUUGGCUGUAUUUGCAAAGCUAAUGUAAGCAGAUAUACAUUAUACUAUUGAAUAAAAAAAAUAAUAUAUAAUGUCAGUUUAGAGAUAUUUCAUCUUUAAAAAUGCAGCCAAAGUGUCGAAACGUUUCAGGUUUUUCUUUUGUGGCCACGGUCUUUCUGAACAAAACUGUAUCCUAAAAUGAUGCUCUUAAGUGUUCCAUUAAAUAUGCUGAUUACAAA